AUGUCGAAUGAACUUAGACUCGAUUUUCAAAUGCUUGACUCAACUGGUUCGGAAUACCAUAGUUGGGUAACCGACGUUGAGAACCACCUCACUUCAAGAGGAAUAUUGCCCAUAAUUCAGGCUCCUAAUCCAGGCCUUGUGUUCCAACGAACACCCAUAAAGCAUGCACAAGCUAUUAUCUUGAUGCGGCGCCAUAUGGAUAAAGCACUCAGAUUAGAGUACAUGUCAAUCAAAGAUGCCAGAGACCUAUGGGUAGCGCUAGAAGAGCAUUUUGCUCUUCGCCUCAAAGCCAUGUUGAGGUUCUGUGCAAAGCCUCUCAUAGAAGAGGAGCUAAUUGAGAAGACUCUCUCCACCAUUCCUGUCUCAGCAAUUGUGAUAUCAAAGCAAUAUCGCACCGAAUUCAAUGCUGGAUGA